GGACGGGGACGGUAGAACAUGUAUAAAGAUCACAGAUAAACAUUUUUAGAAAAGGUUCAGAGGAAAGAGGACAUUGAAAUUAAUUUGAGAUACUUGUUAAACCCAGAACAAAGAAGUAAUGACACAGCAGGUUUAAUUAAAUAUUUGAACACAGGUUUAAUUAAUAUGAUUUGAAUUAGGUAUAUGUGUAUGUAGGUGUGUAUAUAUAUAUAAAAAAUAAACCAGAAGAGAUAAACACACAGCGCUGGUUCUUCAUUGUGAGGAGGAGGAGUAAACGGAAUCUCUGGAUCGAGUUCACAGUAGGAGGCGGUAAUGCGCGAAACUGGUGCGAUCCGCCAAAGAAAGGGAAGAAGAAGACGACGUCAUGAGGAUGCGCCGCGCUCAUGUGAAAGAACUGAGUGUCCAACAAACUCCUGCUGAUGAGACACUGUUAUAAAGAUGGCAUUUAGUAAAGAGGAGAGGGAAGACAUGAAUAUUGAAGAAGCUUACAGAGUCAAACAAGAAGAUCAUGAGAAACAAACGAAGAAGGUGUUUAUUAAAGAGGAGAGCGAAGGCAUCAGGAUCGAAGAAGUAUUCAGUCUGAAAGAUAAUGAGGAGCAAACAGACCUAAUGGCAUUAAAAAAAGAGAAAGAAGUACUCUGUGACAUUGAAGAGAAAGAUCAAUACGAAAAUCAGCAUGAUUUCACAGCUGAAAAGAAAUCUUUAAGGUGUUCGAAGACUGACAAGAUUUCCACAUGGAAAAAAUCUCAGAAGACUAGAACAGUUAAAAGUGAUUUCACUUGCUUUCGGUUUGGAAAGAGUUUCAAUAAACAAGGAAAUCUAGAAAGGCAUAUAAAAAUUCACACUGGAGAAAAGCCUUACACCUGCAGGCAGUGUGGCGAGAGUUUUGCUCAACGUGUAAACCUUAAAGUCCACAUGAGAAUUCACAAUGGAGAGAGUCCCUUCACAUGCCAACAGUGUGGAAAAAUAUUCUGUCAUCAAGGAAGCCUUAGCCACCACAUGAGAGUUCACACCGGAGAGAAGCCUUACACAUGCCAACAGUGUGGAAAGAGAUUCAAUCAUAAAGGAAGCUUAGACAGGCACAUAAGAAUUCAUACCAGAGAAAAGCCUUACACCUGCCAGCAGUGUAGAAAAAGUUUUUCUCAACAUGGAAACCUUGAAGUCCACAUGAGAAUACAUAAUGGAGAGAGUCCCUUCACAUGCCAACAGUGUGGAAAAAGUUUCAGCCAAAAAGGAAGCCUCAGCAACCACAUUAGAAUUCACACUGGAGAGAAGCCUUACACUUGCCAACAGUGUGGACAAAGUUUCACUCAUAAAGGAAGCCUUAACUGGCACAUGACUGUUCACACUGGAGAGAAGCCUUACACAUGCCCUCAGUGUGGAAAGAGUUUUCAUCAGCAUGGAAACCUUCAAGUCCACAUGAGAAUUCACACUGGAGAGAAGCCUUACACCUGCCAACAGUGUGGAAAGAGUUUCACUCAUAAAGGAAGCCUUAACUGGCACAUGAGAAUUCACACGGGAGAAAGAUCUUAGGGUGGCAUGUUUUCCCCCAUAGCUCGGUUUGUUUGGGCAUAUGGGAACAAGGCACAAGUUAAAGUGAUUGUAAUAUGUUUUUGUUGUUACUUUCAUGCAGUUAAUGUUUCUGGAUUUAUUUGGAAUGUUGACAUUUUUGUAGAAUUCUUGAGGACUGGUCAGAAUAACUGUAAUUAUUUUGUUUGAAGCAGUUGUGCAGGUUUUGCCUCAUUGUCGCCAUCUCGGUUGGAAACCUGCAGUUAUCAGCAGAAUUUUCAUAUGUCUGUGGUUUUUGAUUCAGCAAGGCUCCUCAGCAUGGAUUAAUCUAAUGUUUCGAGGACUGUGUCUAUACUUCAGCUACUACACCAGUGUAGAUAUUCACUGUACUCUGGUAUUACAGAUACUAUGUUUUGGAAGUAUCACUAAAAUAAGAAAUUUCACUGGAAAAUGUAAUCUGAACAAGUAGCAUGGCUGCCACUUUUGUUCUGACCAUCUAAGAAAAAGAAGCAUUACAAUAAAUCAAACUACCAAUGGUGAUUAAAUCUAACGAUUGCUUUGCUCAUGUCACAUCAAACCAUACAAAUUUUUAUUGUAAUACUUUGUUCUCAAAUUGUUAAUGUUAAAGACAUCAGCACUGCAUGACUGUGUGUAUUAUUGUCCAAAGUCUUAUGCUUUUAACUGAAUCUUCAGUUGUCACUGAUGAUUGUCAUUUGGACCUGUAUGGCCAUCCACCAUCAAAGUGACAAGUUUAAUAAAUAUCCAUCAUUGUGAAAUACACAAAGCAUGACUGCUGAAAAAAAAAAAAAAUAUAUAAACUCAUAAGAAUGUUUGCAUUUAUGGGUGUGGUCCUGGUCAAGACAAUCUCCUGAACUCCAAACUGAAUGUCAGAAUGGGAAAGAAAGGUGAUAUAAGCAAUUUUGAGCGUGGCAUGGUUGUUGGUGCCAGAUGGGCCAGUCUGAGUAUUUCACAAUCUGCUCACAAUGUGGCUAGUGGUUUUCGAAAGUUACUAACCACACAGCAUUUUUACUAGCCACAUUUUUUGUUGUGAAAUUUCCUGCUAAAAGUUGAAUAUGAAGUUCUAAUAUUUACUUGAACUAGAUUUACAACCCUUUUAAAUGUAAAACAACUGUACACACCCAAAUCAAGACUACAGUAGGUGGUCAGCCUUUCUGGUGCUUACCGCUGCGCGUAGGUGUUAACUGUAAUUCAGUCGCGUGUUAAAGUCAUUCGGGAAACUACCGCCAGGUGGCGCAAAGGGAAGGAUUGCGAAAUUAAUGUAAUUGUAAAAUGAGAUAAAAGAAGGAAGUAAAACAACAAUAACAUUAUGAUAUAACAUUGUAACAUUUAAAAAAAAACUGUUUUUUUUUACAAUUUGUUAACUUUUAAAAUGUUGGAUAGUCUUCUAAACAAAAAUUAAACGAAGACCUUAAC